CCUCUCCACCAGCAGUGCAUAGAGUGAGAGCAGUGCGUUGAAGGAUGCGGCGAAGGAGCUUCAGCAGCGGCGCUACGAGCGCGUUGAAGGAAAAGAAAUGGGACGCGCUGAUCAUCGGCGGUGGCCACAACGGCCUCACAGCCGCCGCCUACCUCGCACGCGCCGACCUGUCCGUCGCCGUCCUCGAGCGCCGGCACCUCAUCGGUGGCGCCGCAAUCACCGAAGAACUCGUCCCCGGCUUCAAGUUCUCCCGCUGCAGCUACCUCCAGAGCCUCCUCCGACCCUCAAUCAUCAGGGAGUUAGAGUUACGGCGUCACGGAUUGAGGCUCUUGAAGAGGAGUCCGUCCUCGUUUACGCCUUGUUUGGACGGUCAUUAUCUUCUAUUGGGGCCUGAUAAGGAACUCAAUCGCUCAGAGAUUUCCAAGUUCUCGGAACGAGACGCCGAUGCUUAUCCAAGGUAUGAAAAUCAGCUAGAGAAGUUCUGUAAAUUCAUGGAUCCGCUUUUGGAUUCAGCCCCUCCUGAAUCUUUGCAAGGUGAGUCGUCUUUUAAGGAUCAAUUCAAGAAUAGAAUGCACCGAUCAGCUUUUUGGGCUCGUUGUCUGCGGCAGGCUGUAGCCUUGGGCCAGAAAGAUAUGAUGGACUUUAUGGACCUUUUAUUGUCCCCGGCUUCAAAGGUUUUGAAUAACUGGUUUGAGACAGAUGUUCUGAAGGCAACCCUUGCAACAGAUGCUGUAAUAGGAGCUACGGCAAGUGUCCAUACACCCGGCUCUGGAUAUGUUUUACUUCAUCACAUGAUGGGAGAAACUGACAGUGAUCACGGAAUUUGGUCGUAUGUGGAAGGUGGGAUGGGUUCAGUAUCCUUGGCUAUCGGUAAUGCUGCUAGGGAACAUGGGGCUCAUAUUGUGACAAGUGCGGAGGUUUCACAAUUGUCGAUUGAAGACUCUGGUGCAGUGAAUGGGGUAUUGCUGGCUGAUGGUACACUGGUGCAUUCUUCAAUUGUUUUAUCAAACGCAACACCAUAUAAAACUUUCAUGGAUUUAGUGCCUAAAAAUGUUCUUCCUGAUGAUUUCAUCCAAGCUAUUAAGUACUCUGACUACAGUUCUGGAACUACAAAAAUAAACUUAGCAGUUGAUAAAUUGCCCCAGUUUCAAUGUUGCAAGCUAGGCCAUCCUGAUGCUGGUCCUCAGCAUGUCGGCACCAUUCAUAUUGGUUCUGAAAGUAUGGAGGAGAUUCAUGCAGCCUGUCAAGAUGCUACCAAUGGAUUACCAUCAAGAAGACCAAUUAUUGAAAUGACAAUUCCCUCUGUACUUGACAGGACUAUAUCUCCACCUGGUAAGCAUGUGAUCAAUCUGUUUAUUCAAUACACACCCUAUAAACCAUUGGAUGGUAGCUGGGGAGAUCCUGCUUAUAGAGACUCAUUCGCACAAAAAUGUUUCACCUUGAUUGACGAAUAUGCCCCUUCAUUCAGCACAUCAAUUAUUGGCUAUGACAUGUUGACUCCGCCAGAUCUUGAAAGGGAAUUUGGCUUGACAGGAGGAAAUAUCUUCCAUGGUGCUAUGGGAUUGGAUUCUCUCUUUCUCAUGCGACCGGUAAAAGGAUGGUCAAAUUAUAGGACUCCACUCCGAGGGUUGUACCUGUGUGGGAGCGGCACCCAUCCCGGUGGUGGUGUGAUGGGUUCACCUGGACGUAAUGCUGCGCAUAUUGUUCUUCAAGAUGUCAAGAAACAUUUGAAUUAAUAUAUGGGAAUGGGAUGAUCAUUCGCAGGUGGUCUGAAAUGUUUUUAAUUUCUUUUAUCCUUUUGAUAGGAUUUUCUUUCAUUUAUAUCUUACUUAAGAAUGUGGGGGAACAAGCCACUCUUUUGCA